ACUAUCGUUAGCUGCAUCGGAAUAUUUAAAAAUGGAUUCAAAAUACUUGCUGACCAAAAACUCUGAGAUCGGGUUUAAUUCGACGAAUUUUGCAACUAAGCGGAAAGCUGAAACAGUCAAUUUGGAUAUGCACGUUAAAAAUAAAUUUAAUUACACUCUUUCAACGUCUCGAAAUAUACCACCAGCUAGUAAAAGAAAUUGCAUUGGACAACAAAGUAAAUCGCUACCAGUGUUCAACUGCCGGCAAAGAAUAUUAAAGGAGAUUGAAAUAAACGACACUGUGUUAAUAAUGAGUGAAACAGGAUCAGGAAAAACAACACAAAUUCCACAGUUUCUUCUACAUGCAGGGUAUGCCAAGAGUUCCAUGAUCUGUAUUACUCAGCCUCGUCGAGUAGCAGCAAUAACAGUUGCAAGACGCGUUGCGCAGGAGCUGUCCAGCAAUAUUGGCGAUAUUGUAGGAUAUACAGUUCGAUUCGAGGAUGUUACCACGAAGAAUACAAAAAUUCGUUAUCUGACAGAUGGUGUAUUAUUACGAGAGUCUAUAGAAGACCGCCUUUUGCUUAAAUAUUCUGUGAUUAUUCUCGAUGAAGCUCAUGAAAGAACUGUAAAUGCCGACUUACUAUUUGGAAUAGUAAAAGAAGCUCAAAAAGAAAGAAGUAGAAAAAAUAUACCCAAUUUAAAAGUGGUGAUUACUUCUGCGACGAUGGAUAUUGAUCAUUUUGGAAAAUAUUUCAAGUGUAAGGGAUUGUAUUUGGAAGGAAGAACGCAUCCCGUCCGUGUGAUGCAUGCCAAGGAGCCACAUGAUGACUAUGUCCACGCGAUACUGGUUACGCUGUUUCAUAUUCAUCGCACUGAACCAAUCAACCAUGACGUUUUAAUCUUCUUAACUGGGCAAGACGAAAUUGAAUCAUUAGCUCAGCAAAUUCGAAAGCUUGCAAAGAUAAAUACAAAUGGACCCACUAAUAUUCGUGUUUAUACACUGUACGCGCAAUUAUCACACAGCAUGCAGCUGGAAUGCUUUUUACCGGGCCCAUCAAACAUGCGGAAAGUUGUUUUGGCCACAAAUAUAGCUGAAACGUCGAUUACCAUACCUGGCAUACGCUGCGUCAUCGAUUGUGGAUUUGUAAAAGAAAAAUUUUUUAAUUCCGUUGAUGGAAUUGAUAUUUUAAAGGCAGUUCGAAUAUCACGGGCACAAGCAUGGCAACGGACUGGUCGGGCAGGUCGUGAUGCACCUGGAGUGUGCUACCGGGCAUAUACAAAAAGUGAAAUGGAUUCUUUUCUGAGCUCGACUCAGCCGGAAAUUCUUAGAGCAAACCCAACAUCAACAGUGCUGCAGCUUUUGGCUAUGGACAUAGAUUGCAAUAAUUUUGAUUUCUUAGACGCUCCACUAGAUGAAGCCCUGAUAAGUGCAUAUAGAAGUUUGGAUGGUCUUGGGGCUAUUGAAUAUGGACCUAUAUCACACAUUACGCCUCUAGGUCGUUUAAUGUCCCAGUAUCCAUUAGAUCCCAAGUAUUCCAAAUUAUUAACAUCUGCUUCAAAGUUCGGCUGUAUGGAGGAAAUAUUACGUCUGGUUUCGGUCCUUUCGAGUGAUAAUAUCUUUGUUUCAAGCAACGAUAAAAACGAAUUGGCCACACUUGCACAUGCCAAAUUUCACUCCAAGCAUGGAGAUCAUUUAACGCUGCUAAAUGUUUAUAAUUUAUUUAUAAAGGCAGAAAAGCCGAAGGUGUGGUGUCAUGAUAAUUUUUUAAAUUAUCGCUGCCUAAUAUACGCCCGUAACGUUUGUCGCCAAUUGUCAGAAAUAAGCCUGCGAUUGGGCCUGACUAUAAACAGCUCCGAAAAUAUUGAAUCGUUUAAAAAAUGUCUUUUGAGCGGAUUUUUCGAGAAUGUUGCUAUAUUGCAAAAGGACGGUUCUUAUUUGACUUGUUCCGGACAUCUUAAGGCUAAAAUGCAUCCUUCAAGUGUCUUUCACCUAAAGUACAAACCAAAAUGUAUAUUGUUUACUCAAAUGGUUCAGACGGAUAGUAACUUUCUUCGGCAGGUCACAGAUGUAUUUAUAGACUGGGCUAAAGAAGUGGUACCUUGUCUUAAAAAUGGUAUAAAAUAAAAUACAAAAUUUAUACAUUUUUUCCUAGUCGAGAACAUAUUCUGUUAAUGGUCAAUUAUUCUGAAGUAAUUAUUAUUUUUUUGUUGUUGUUCAAUAUGUUAAUAAAAAGAAAGGACUGAAGGAAGGAAGCUAAAACCGUUCGGUAAACGCCAGCGUCGUCUAUAUUGAAUAUUUCAACGUCUGUGUAAAAGAUGUGUUAGCUGAAAUAUAGAGUCUCGUGGUUCAUGAAUAAGGAUACAAGAACGGGUUAUCUUUAUUGAUCUUAAAUUUUCAGAGUUACGCAAUAUCCUGGAGCGAGGUCGAGGAUCUUAUUUCUGGGUCGUCUACGGGGCCGCACGGGCCUGAUUUUCCAGUAUUCUCGUACUUGUUUACUAAUGUCCUAGGACUAGUCUAUCUAUAAACUGUCUUCUAAAUUUUCAACGCUUUUCUCACUUCGAGCUACCGGCCAGGGGUCCGCCAGUUGGCCUUGUACUACUGCGUUUUGUUCAUCUAGUGUUUGUUCCUCUGGCGCCACUAUGUUCCAAGUAGAUACGAUCAAUCUUUAUGAUUCAUUUUUAUACGUCAAUCGAAUUUUUCCCGACACGUUCAUUUCAUAGGGACAGAAGACCGAGAUUCUAUUUUUGAGCUGCUGUGCUGCUCUUUGCAGCGCGCUGCGUCGACCUCCAUUCCUAAGUAGUGCUAGACGCUGCAGGUCCAUACUUCACGUGUAGUUCCUCUCGAGUUUUUUUCACAAAAAUGUGUGCUUUAAACUAUUAACAAGCUUUAAAGUCGUGCCAGUCCCGGUACUCAGUUUGUUUAUGUAUAUGCAAUGCUAUGAGCUGUAUCGUCACGAGAAUUCUUAAUUUCUUAAUUCUGGCUGUAAUGAUUCGAUUUUAUUUAACCAAGAAUAUAUGGACUUUAGGUCGUCGGUCGUCGUUUCUUCUGGCUGUGUAUCAUAUUUUUAAUAACGAUCUGAAAGUUCCAACUACCAUGCCUGCAACAUAAAUUGUCUCUGUGCUGAGUAAAAACCCCUGUCGCAUAGUGUUAUCUUCAUAA